UGAGCACACGUCUCCUGUACUGCUUUGUAGAAGAAGAAUUUUGAGAAUUCUCCUGGAUGACCGAUCAAACAUGGAGAGAGACAGGAACAAGAUGGCCGACAGGAUCAUAAACCUCACCCUACAGAUACUCUUCCGGCUUACUGGAGAGAAUUACACAGUAGUGAAGAAGUCCUCUAGUGGGCGCUGUCGGGACCCUGUGUGUGAAGGAUGGGGAAGAACCCUGAGCCCAAUCCCGGGGCCCCCACCUCACUCCCUGAUACAUGAGGAAAUGGAUGAGCAGAAGAUCCUAGAACUCAUCAACAAGAUGAUGGAGCUGCUGACUGGAGAGGGAGAAGGUCCAAAUGAUAUUAAUGCUCCAAACAUAAAUGAAGAAGAAGAGACAGAUGUGAGCAGUAAUGAGCAGUAUAAGGAAGACAUUCCUACAGGGAAAGAUCUGAUCUGUAUUAAUCCUCCAGACAUAAUGGAAGAAGAAGAAGAGACAGAUGUGAGCGGUGAUGAGCAGUUUAAAGAAGACAUUCCUAUCUGGAGAGAUCAGAGCUAUAUUAAUGCUAUAGACAUAAAGGAAGAAGAGACAGAUGUAAGCAUUGAUGAGCAGUAUAAAGAGGACAUUCCUAUCAGGAAAGAUCUGAGCUAUAUUAAUGCUAUAGACAUAAAGGAAGAAGAAGAGACAGAUGUGAGCAUUGAUGAGCAGUAUAAAGAGGACAUUCCUAUCGGGAAAGAUCUGAGCUAUAUUAAUGCUAUAGACAUAAAGGAAGAAGAAGAGACAGAUGUGAGCAUUGAUGAGCAGUAUAAGGAGGACAUUCCUUCAGGUAAUUGCUCAGAUUCUUCCACCAGGAGAUCAGAGGAGAAUCUUAUAUCUUCAGAUUAUAAAGCAGAUGAUGAUAUCACACAAGAUACAUAUGAAGAACAUUCCAUUAUCCCAGAUACACCCUCAGCCCUUCACAGCCAAGAUCUCUCAUCUCAUCCUGUUAUACAAGUCCGACCUAAAGAUUCAUCACAGACUGUUAUACAGGGCUUUUCUUUUGAUCCAUUACAGUUUGUAAAGCAAAAUAAGAAUAAGCCAUUUUCAUGUUCAGAAUGUGGGAAAAGUUUUUCUUAUGAAUCACAAUUUGUUAAUCAUCAAAGAACUCACACAGGGGAGAAGCCAUUUUCAUGCACCGAAUGUAGAAAAUGUUUUACUCAGAAAGUUAGCCUUAUUGAACAUCAAAAAACUCACACAGGGGAGCAGCCAUUUUCAUGCUCAGAAUGUGGAAAAUGUUUUAAUUAUGAAUCACAACUUGUUAAACAUCAAAGAAGUCACACAGGGGAGAAGCCAUUUCCAUGUUUAGAAUGUGGGAAAUGUUUUUCUCUGAAAUCAAAUCUUGUUAAACAUGAAAAAACUCACACAGGAGAGAAGCCAUUUUCAUGUUCAGAAUGUGGAAAAUGGUUUACUUAUGAAUCACAACUUGUGAAACAUCAAAUAACUUGCACAGGGGAGAAGCCAUUUUCAUGCUCAGAAUGUGAAAAAUGGUUUAUUUAUGAAUCACAACUUGUUAAACAUCAAAGAACUCACACAGGGGAGAAGCCAUUUUCAUGCACCGAAUGUAGAAAAUGUUUUACUCAGAAAGCAAACCUUUUUGAACAUCAAAAAACUCACACGGGAGAGCAGCCAUUUUCAUGCACAGAAUGUGGAAAAUGUUUUACUUAUGAAUCACAACUUGUUAAUCAUCAUAGAACUCACACAGGGGAGAAGCCAUUUUCAUGCAUCGAAUGUAGAAAAUGUUUUACUCAGAAAUCAAACCUUGUUGAACAUCAAAAAACUCUCACAGGGGAGAAGCGAUUUUCAUGCACAGAAUGUAGGAAAUAUUUUACUAAGAAAUCAAUACUUAUUGGACAUCUAAAAAUACACAAAGGAGAAAAGCUAAAUUCAUGCUCAGAAUGUGGGAAAUGUUUUAUUCAUGAAUCAGCUCUUGUUAAACAUCAAAGAACUCACACAGGAGAGAAGCCAUUUUCAUGUUCAGAAUGUAGAAAAUGUUUUAAUCAGAGGUCAACACUUAUCAGACAUGAAAGAAUUCACACAGGAAAGAAGCAAUUUUCAUGUUCAGAAUGUAGAAAAUGUUUUACUCAGAGGUCAACACUUAUCAGACAUGAAAUAAUUCACACAGGAAAGAAGGAAUUUUCAUGUUCAGAAUGUAGAAAAUGUUUUACUCAGAGGUCAACACUUAUCAGACAUGAAAGAAUUCACACAGUAGAGAAGCAAAUUGAGAGUAAUAAAUGAUGCAGAUAACACAUCUAUAUAUUAACCAUGUACAUAGGAUAUCUGACAUUUAUACAUAUAUCAUAUACUGCAUCUCCAAACUUGUUCCCAAUUUUUAAUAAAAGUUUUCUUUUAGAACGUAGUCACCGAUCCAGCGAUGUCAUCACUAUAGUUUACAUGGUAGGAAAAGAGUGUGAUAUAUGGUUGUGAUAUUCACUGCUCCUCAUGGAGAAGACCCAACAGGCAUACUCCAUGGGGAGCUGCUACUGGAGACCCAAACACCUCAGAGAGAAGGGACUUAGUGAUCAGGGGUGUAGCUAGAAACCACAGGGACCCUUGCACUCUCCUUCCCCCAGACCCCGGUGUCCUCUUUAAAAAAUGAGGAGGAAGAAAUUAUGGAUGGGGAUCAGGAAAAAGCAUAUAUAUGAAACAAAUUCUUCUCCACUGGAUUCACCGAGAAAAAUGAAAUGCCAGGUGAAAUACAGUGUGAUAAGGUAAACUCCCCAGUACAGGUCACCUGUCUAACCAGGAAGAAGUACAGUGCCGCCUACAAAAAAUCUAAAUAGACAAAUCACCAGGUCCAGAUGGU